ACGACGAUGGAGGUGGACGCGGGGCAGUGGCCGUGACUAACUUAAGUAACUACGCGUCAAGCUUCCAGAAGCUCUAAAAAUACAUGUCAUCAUCUCAUCCUCGACUGACAACAACAUUCAACACAUCAUUUCCGCAUAUCUACAAUUGACAGCCAGAGCGUCGGGUAACUCGGCCCUGCCCAGUCCGGAUUCACUUUCAACAUGCUCGAACCCUCUCAACGGCUGCGGAGGGCAAUACACGCCGACGAUCACCUCCUCGUACAGCGAAUCCUCAAAUCACACCCCGCACUCCUACACAAUCCCGAUACCUCGCCCGCCGGCUUGUCCAACUCCAACCUCCAUCUCGCCGCCAGUCUUGGCCGCUAUGACAUAACCAAGAUCCUACUUGCCAAUGGCCAUGAAGACCCUGUCCCUGCUCUUAACGAGAACCACCAAACCGCCCUCAUGCUCGCCGCAGCCGGCGGUCAUACCGAAGUCGUACAUGCCCUAUGCGAGAACAACCCAGCCUGUAUAAUCCGUCGAGAUAUUCGAGGCCGGGAUGCCAUUAUGGAGGCCAGCCUAGGUGGUCACGACACUGUCCUGCAGAUCCUCCUCACGUUUGCCCCCAACGGUGCCACAGCGGCCGUACAAUCGUCAGACGUCGACGGCAACACCGCACUGCACUUUGCCAGCAGCAAUGGGAACCUGCUCGUCUUGAGGACGCUGCUGGCCGCGGGAGCUGAUGCCGAGAAGCGAAAUAUCUGGAGCUGGAAGGCCGUCGCCUACAGUGCUACUGUGCAGGCCGAGGUGUAUCUGAAGAACCUCGUCGGCGACAUUGAGAAAAGGAGGCGCGCUCAAAGCGACGGGGCCGAAUCCAGAAAAGGGGCUGCAGUUCGUAUCGUUGAACAGGACAUGACUCCGGGCGAUUGAGCUCAGCAAUGGACCCGCGCGGACGGGAAUGCAUUUCGAUAUACAUGCCCACCUUACCCGAGCUACAGUCAUAUUCUGCGCGUACCUCUUGAGCACUGGCUGUCAUCCGAGAGAUACUGGCGCUUAGGCCCGAUGAUGGUAUCAAACAUUGCACAGCUUCUCAACAGAGUGGCCUCCAAGCGGCCAC